AUGGAUGUUACUAUCCAGCAUCCCUGGUACCGUCGGCCUUGGCUCCUUGGCUUUUAUCCUUAUAGGAUUAAUGAUCAAUAUUUUGAGCACCAACAUGACAGUGAGCUUUUAUCACCGCUUUACUCCAUGUUUCUCUAUCGUCCAUAUUUCGGGCGGUUCCCAAACUGGUUUGACAGCGGAAUGUCAGAGGUGAGAAUGGAUAGAGAUCGCUUUGUUGUCAAUCUGGACGUAAAGCAUUUCUCUCCAGAGGAGCUGACAGUGAAUGUCAAUGACGAUUAUGUUGAGAUUCGUGGAAAACAUGAUGAACAUCAGGAUGAGCAUGGAAUUGUCGCACGGGAGUUUUACAGGAAGUAUAAGAUCCCUGCAGGUGUAGAUCCAAGGGCCUUCACCUCCUCUCUGUCCUCUGAUUGUGUGCUGACCGUCUGCGCACAUCGCCACAUGGAUGCCCUUGAGCGCAACAUGCCCAUCACCUGUGAAGAGAAGCCACCGGUUCAAAAUUAA